AUGGCUCAAUCUCUCCUCUCGUCGAUGUGCCGGACAUGUCGCCUGUCAUACCUUUCAGCCGCUCCUUUACGACGGAGUUUUGCAACGACUGUCCAGAGACAUGCUGAAGGAGGAGUUACAGGAGGAGGAGCAGGGCCAGGCAGUCCCCUUUCACCACGCAGGGGCUUUGUCGUGGACCGCACCGAAGCCGAGCCCGAGAGCGCGGACAAGCUGUUCAGCGACGCCCUUCGCAGCGUUGAUCAAUCCCAGAGUCCCAGCUCCGAUACCAUAAUCCGCAACCUCGCCCGGUCAGCUCGAGACGAAGCGGCCACUCGACCGAGCGCCCGACUCCACGUAGACGAACCGUACCAUAUCCACGUCUACGCACACAAGCACAACAUGCACAUCACGUUCACCGACCCCUCUCACAAUCCCAUUCUAAGUUUGUCUUGCGGAAGCAUCGGACUGCGACACGCCCAGCGAGCCACGUACGACGCCUGCUUCCAGUUGGCGGCGUACACGUUUCGCAAGAUGGUGGAGAAGCAAUGGCGCGUCGGCGGCAAGAAGAUGACGCACAACCCAAUGCAGACCCUAGCUGAUAUCAGGAGGCCGGGUGCCCAGUACGGCGGAGCCGGGAUUGAGAUCAUCCUGCGAGGCUUCGGACCCGGAAGGGAUGCCUUCCAGAAGGCACUGCUGGGUACCGAGGGAAGAAUGAUCAAGCCGCUCGUGGCAAAGGUGACGGAUAGCACGAGGCUGAAGUUUGGAGGAACAAGAAGUCCGAACGUUAGGAGAUUGUAA